GCCAGCGCGCGCGCCACUCGAUCUGUGACGUCACGCGCCCGCCGGCCGACCCGAGCGCGCGGUAUUUGUUCCGGCGCAAAUUACAGACGGGGCCGGGCCGAAUAGGCGGCCUGUCAGUCGAGCCGGCGAGCAGAGCCGAACCGCGACGUGAGAGAGCGAGCGGCCGACGGACGGUGCCCAGAUGCGAGUCAUCCACAACAACCUGCAGCAGGCGCGCGACCAGCCGCCCUCCGUCAUGGACAAGCUGCGCAACAACUUCAACCAGCUAUGCCCGCUGCUGCGGGCCCGCUAUCGCAAGUUGUUCGACGACUACGCGUCGUCCAAGGAGAACAUACCGCUGCUGAUACAGAGCGCCGACUACGUGUCCUACUCGUGCUCCUGCUGCGGUCGCACGCAGAAGCUGCAGGCAGAGGAGCUGAACACGAUCGUGGGCAACGCGUUCCGAAUGGCGUAUGCGGCGCGCCUGCAGCGAUCCUGCCUGGCAGGGCCGGGCAGCGCCGGCGACGACUCCGCCUGGGAGAUGGAGAGCCGCAACAACCACGACAAGACCAACAACCGCACCUGGGGCCGGCGCUCCAAGCAUCGCGAGCCUAGCCGACGCGAGCUGUCGCGGGGCAAAAACGUCAACCUGGCGAGUCCGGCGGCGGCGGCGCCGGCGGCGCCCGGCGCCCAGGAGCCGACCCGGCUGGCCGCCGAGCUACGCUGCCCCCUGCUGGCGGGCUACGUCAACGAGGCCGUGUCCACCACCGACUCGGAGUCGCGCUCGAGCGAGGGCGAUGUGCGGCCGCUCUCGGCCGCCGGCCGCUCCGUGUCGGCCAGCAGCCAGAGCCUGCGAGAGGACACGAAGAGUUGCCACUGGUCGAGCGCCUCCAGCUCUGCCUCCGCGUCACAUCACGCGGAGGGCACGAGCGGGGCCUCGACGCCGCUGCCGCCGCCCUACUACCAGCAGGGCCCCAGCCAGGAGCGGGUGGAGCUGCGCAGCGCCGCCUGGUUCCAGGCAGGCAUACCGAGGGAGAUCGCACUCGAGGUGCUCUCCCAGGAGCCGGUGGGUGCCUUCAUGGUGCGCGAGUCGACUACCAAGCACGGCUGCUACGCGCUCUCGCUGAGGGUGCCCCGCGACUUCCAGGUGUCGGGCAUCGCCCACUACCUGAUCCUUAAAACCGCCAAAGGAUACAAGAUCAAGGGCUUCAUGAAGGAGUUCACCUCGCUGACGGCCCUGAUUACGCACCACUCGGUGAUCCGCUACAACCCCAACUUCGUGCGCUCCGAGUCGGCGCAGGACCUGGUCGAGCUCGACACGGACUCCGAGUACAACGGACUUAGUGAACUGUCGCGCGCCAACCGCUGA